AUGAUCCGACGAGCCCUUCUGCGGGGCGCAUGUGUCAAGUGCUGUGGCGCCGUGGCUUUUCAAUCAAACUCGAAUUCCGUGACAAAAUGUUGUCCCUUUUCUGGGGCAAUGGAUAGUGAGCAAUUAAAGCCACUGAAAACCGGCACGGAGACGGUGUCUUGUCCUGUUCUCGGUAUAACACCAGAACUACGGUGCCCAAUGGAGUUUGAGAAGGACACAAAGACGCUACCCAUGCGACAAAUAGCGGCACAAAUGGGAAAAUUACGUUUGUCUUCCUUUGUGACUGCUACAACUGUGACUGGAUACGUGCUCUGUGGUGGUACGAGCCUUGUGGCAGCGGCGGCACUGACGGUCGGAACUCUUUUACAGUCUUGUUCCGCAAACACGGCGAACCAAAUACUAGAGAUGGAACAUGACAAAAAGAUGAAGCGAACCUGUCGUCGUCCCAUGCCUAUGGGCUACAUAACUUCUAAGGGUGCUUUAACCCUGUGUGGUUUGGAGCUUGUGGUUGGAUCUAGCAUUCUAUGGCUUCUCAGCCCACCGGUGUCGGCCCUUGGGAUACUUAAUUGGUUCAUUUAUGUUGCUGCCUACACACCACUUAAACGUGUUUCUGCCGUAAACACGUGGGUGGGCUCCAUUGUUGGUGGAAUACCUCCUCUGAUGGGCGGGAUUGCUGCCACAGGAACUGUGACAAAUCCUGCUUGGCUUUUAGGCGCACUUCUUGUUGCAUGGCAGAUUCCACAUUUUAUGGGCCUAAGCUUUCAUUGUCGCCGUGAUUAUGAGGCAGCUGGUUAUAAAAUGUUGGCUUUUUAUAAUCCUUGGCGCGCCUCUUUUUACGCCGUGUUGAUGUCUGUUGUCAUGGCUGGAAUGACGCUUGCUGGUCCCGUUGUUAUUGGGAUGCCCUCUGAGGGAUGGUAUUAUCCUGCCGCAGGCAUUGCCAAUGGCGUCAUGAUAUACAAGGCAUGGUUGUUUCACUGCAUGCCAAAGCAACACUGCCGUGGGUGUUUUGUGUUUUCAUACAUUUAUCUCACGAUAGUCCUAACCGCCUUAAUGGUAAAUCAUUUUGGACCGGUGAAAAGGUGUACCGCUGCAUGUGAGUUUGUCUUUGAUUACAUUGAAGGCCAACGCCAAGAGGCCAACUCAAAACGCCCUUGGAAGCUCACAUAG